UUUCUAAUAACUUUCCUUCUAUUUCUUUUACCUGCCAUCUGCAUCUCAAGACCGAAGCCAAAACCCAAGAUUUCAGCCUCCCGAAGGUUGUAUCUGAAGACUAAAAUACUAAAAAAGGCGAGCACACUGCUGGUCAAUGAGAAAGAAGUGAAACAGCAGGAGAGAGAACGGGUUUUGAGUGAAAGAGUUCCUCCUCUGAAACUGUCUGGUCUGUCUGUGCAGGAGCUACAGGCUCUAUGUCGAGAACUUCAUCAGAAGAUUGACAUCGUAGAUGAAGAGAGAUAUGACAUUGCAGCCAAAGUGGCCAAAAAUUAUAAGGAGAUUUCAGAUCUGUCUAUUAAAAUCAUUGAGCUGAAGGGGAAAAUGAAGAGACCUGCUCUGAAGAGGGUAAAGAUUUCUGCAGAUGCCAUGCUGGGUGCUCUUCUGGGCUCCAAGGUUAAGGAGUCUGUGGACUUCAAGGCCAAUCUUAAAACAGUCAAGAAGGAGGAAGAGAAGAAAGAGGAGGUGACUGACUGGCGUAAGAAUGUGGAAGCCAUGUCUGGUAUGGAAGGCAGGAAGAAGCUGUUUGAUGCUGGUGGUCAAUGAGAUUUUAAAGCAUAAAGUCAUAAGAAAACCUCCAAAAAUAAACAGUUAUUUGUACUUAUUGUACUUAUGGCUGGCUUACCAUCAGUUAUACUGCUAUAACAAAAAUACACAGAGCCAGUUUCAUACCCACAUAAAGCCCUGAUAAGUUAUUUCUGAUGUACAGAUUUAGAUCAUUGUCAUGUUAGUUGUACAAUGGAUUGAUCUCUGUUAUAAUUUAUUAUUAUUGUUUGGAAUCAGCUGCAUUGCAUGAAUAAGUAAAAAACUAAAAAUAGUUUUAUUACUGGUUUUCUGAGUCUUUGUUUAUUCCUAAAGUCAUAUUGGCAGUUUU